AGGAACGGCUGAAAGGAUCAGCACUCUCUUCUUCUUGCCAAAUUCGUCGCCGCCGCUGACUCUUUCAGCUCCGGCGAACAGCCGCCUCCGCCACUCUGAAAUCCGGCGCUUCUUCUCUCAACUCCGGCGACUGAUUGUCGCCAUUCCUUUCUCACAUUCUCUCUCUGUUUCGCGAUCUCUCUCCCUCUCUCUCUCUCGCCGCCUCUGAAAGCCGCGCCGUCGGAGACGGCCAUUUGGCGUCCUCAUCUUCCCUCCCGUCACGCCCUUCGUCCGACCUCUCUUCUCGUGUUUUUUUCUCCCGAUCCCCAAAUUUCAGAAAACACACAUUGUCAAUUGGAAAGGAAACGGGGCCCUAAUUUCUCCUCCACCAGAAAUCGUCACCGCCGCCGUCGGGUCUGUCCGCCGCCGCAAGACCUGCGAGGCCGGCGCUCCUCUCCCUAAUUUAUUGAAACAGGUCCGCUGUAGUCUCCAAGAACCAGCGUUUCCACUCUCCCGACAAAGCCAAGGCCUCCGUUGUUUUGGACCGACACUACUGCUCUGUCCUACGAGUGCCACCGUCAUCCUUUCUAGUUCGACGUAGCAGGGCAGCGGCCCUUAUUCUCAAACACCGUUCAAACGAAACAGAUGUUAUUGGCCAAAUAAUGCAGGCUGAAACUAUGGAGGAGAUGGAGGAAAAACUUGAUUCAAACUUACCUCUUCAAGUUUGGCAGUAACUGGAGUAAUUUCCUGUCUUUUGGUUGUUGAUGCACGAAGGAAAAACUGAAGGGGGAUUUUUGAUGGCUGAUAAAAUAUUCGCAAACCCUCCGAGCAAUGUCAAAAAGAUUCGUUAAUGGCCAUCUUCAGAUCACUCAAAGCCCUAAUUUCUCAAUCUUCGAGGAAACUAUCCAAUCCCGAUCCUUCUAGAACGUUCUUCUCCCUCUCUCUCGCCUCCGCUUCCCCAAUUUCAUCUCCAUAUUCACUGCCCAGUAACGGUUACAUCCGCCGCCACUUUCUGUUUCGGUCGAGAUUACUCUUUCCGGUGGGGGGGCCUCUCUUCCUCUUCAAUCCUCCGUGGAAGCUCUCCCAGUCCUCCACCCCUCUUCUCUUACAAUCCGACAUCGUCCUCAAUUUCCGGAAACUACGUGCAAUAAAUUUACUUCAUCAACCGGCAUUUAGGUACAAUCUUGGGCAUAAUGCUCCGAGGCUAUUGAAUGAGAACGUCAACGAGGAAUUUAGAAAAGUUGCAGAGGUUGGAGCUAGUAGUGGCGAUGAUGCGAUCAGAGACGGUUACUUGAAUCUCCCUAAUUUUAUUUCAUUUAGUCGGAUGCUUUCCGGUCCGUUGCUUGGAUGGAUGAUUGUACAUGAUAUGCAUUCCUAUGCAUUUGUUGGGCUUGCUGUUUCUGGAGCAACUGAUUGGUUAGAUGGCUAUAUGGCUAGAAAAAUGAGAAUCAAUUCUGUUGUUGGGUCCUACCUUGAUCCUCUUGCGGACAAGGUUUUAAUUGUAUCUGUUGCUCUGGCAAUGGUGGAUAAAGGGCUUUUACAUCCUGGAUUGGUCGGACUUGUUGUGUUGCGCGAUGUUGCUCUUGUCGCUGGUGCGGCCUAUAUAAGAGCUAGCAGUUUGAGUUGGAAGUGGGAUAGUUGGCACGACUUUGUCAACCUUGAUGGGGCUCAUGCCCAAAAGGUGAAGCCCCUUUUCAUCAGCAAGGUUAACACAGUUCUGCAACUGGUUCUAGUUGCAGCAGCUCUACUUCAACCGGGAUUUGGAAGUGAAGAAACUCAACUUUAUAUCCAAUAUUUGAGCUGGUUGGUAGCUUCUACAACAGUUGCUUCAAGUGCAGCGUAUGGGGUACAACACUGGAGAAACGGAGCAAAAAGGAUAAAGUUCCGAUCGUGAAAGCAGAAACAUGUAUUCUAGGAAUGCUUUCUUCUUGUUAGAGAUUACUACAUUUUUUGUUGUUUCGCUCCAAGGAAUGAAUAAAAUGUCUUGGAGAUAGUUGUGCUGGUGCACCAUCUUUUUCUUGUUUAACCUCACGACGCAAUGUAAUGCAAAGUUAUGUUCAAUUAAUUAAAUCUGAUUUCUGUCGCGAUACUAAAA